ACCAGAGCAGAAUAAACAUGUAUGCUUUGAAAAUAAUAUAACAUUCAUUUUUUAUAAAAAUAAAUAGGCAGAAUACUUUCAUCCAUACAGAAUACUUUUAUCCAUACAAGUCUGAGUUUAGGUUAGUUUAGCUUAGUUUAUUAUGCUAUCAGUCAAUAGUAAUUUUAUUCUGUAAUUGUAAUUACAAAAUUAAUGUGGUCAUCAUGUUGUUUUAAAUAUCUGCAGAUCUCUCACUGAGGUCUUACAUUACAUUAAAGCUGUUAAUAUUGACUACAACACAACUGCUAAUGUUGAAAUUCUCAUUAAAUAACAUCCCAACCUGUUAACUGACAUCUGUCUGCUAAACUGCUAAACAAACAGUUGUCUUGUUUAACCUGAAAUGCUAAUUGUAGCCUCCCUCAGCACCUGAGGGUGGCAAAUAUAUUAAUAAAGGUGUAUUUUGAGAUGUGCCUAUGUUCUUUUAAUUCUUGAUGGAGCCUGUAGAAUUUCCCUAUUCUCAUCCAUUCUGUUUAUCAGAUGGUGUCCAUGACAGCCUGGGCUCUGAUGGUGGAUGUCAGUGUCACUGGCUGCCCUGCCUGUCUGAGGUUCUGCCCUUGGCUGCUGCACCUAUGCCUUCUAUUUUCCCCACUGUGGCAGCAUGGGUGAUGAGUUAGCAGACUGUGUUUGCACAGCAGCUACGUGAAGAUAAACACCCAUCUCUCACAUACCAGUGCAGACUGGUCCCAGGCCAGUGGGCUGGCCAUGACUGGGGUUUGCUGUGAUGGUUUUGUUUUUCUCUGUUUUCUUUGUUUUCUCACCAUCCUUAUUUAGCCUUACUUAGGUCCAGUUCUCCUUAAUGGGGAAAGAUUUCUGACAUGCUGACAAAAUCUUGCCAAACUGUACUUUAUUUUAUAUUGAGUUAAAAUUGGUCAAAUUUUAUUCUGUUUUCCAUACUUGGAAUUUGAAAUGCAUGUAUUGAAGUAGUUUUUGAAAUUUAAAAGGAAAACUGCAUAAUCCCUUUCCAAGAGUCUGAUAUUCAGAGCUGAAAAAUAGAAGAUUAAAAAUGCAGUCGCUGGAGCAAAGUUAAUAAAGCAAUUUUGGAAUAUUAUUUAGUUUUUAGAUUAAAGCAUAUAGACUUUGAAGUCUAUAUAUACUAUUUUUUAAUAUAUCAAGAUUCAUUUUAAUCUGAAUAGAAAUUGAUAGAAUAUUCUGAAAAGCCGUAAAACAAUCUGCUGUACCUUUUCUUGGUAGCACAAAUAUUUAUUGGGAAAACAAGUGUUGACCUUUCCCAUAAUUACACAAUUGUGUCAUUACUCAAGUAGCUUAAACACAGUAUUAUGUUGUGAAGGACAGACUUCAUCACAACAGCCCUGAACUAUUCAAACAGAAAUAAUGGGGAAAAGUCUGUGAAAAGUAAAUAUUUGUGGAUGCAAGAAAAAACUGUGGAAAAGAUUAAUCUUCUUUCAUCCCCAGAGCAGUUCACUGCUCUAUUGUGCAGUGAUGCUUUUGAAGUGAGGUCUUAGAAGGACAAAAGCUAAUUAACUGACUGUAAUCUUACUAAUUUAAUUAUUUUUCUUUCUUUUUCCUGCUGUCUGCUUGGCACUGGUUUUCGCUUGUAGGUGUCUACUGUUGGCUCUCAAAGGUUACUUAAAUUUUGCAGCUGCUCUGAAUCAGCACUACCUAAGCUUCGCCUACUGUUGCUUCUCCCUACACCACUCUGCGCUGCUGCCUUACUCUUGCCUGCUUCAGAACUCCAUACGAGUUUCUUUUUUAAAUACCCAGAAUUAAAUUUAGGCUAGAAAUGUGUGCCAUUCUCUUGCUGCCUGUGUACUUGUUAAUCUGGUUGUACAGUAUGCUGGUAUUUAUUCCCUGGUAUUUUCUUACCAACGCCGAGAAGAAAAAGGCUAUGGCAAAGCGGUUAAAAGCUAAACCCAUCUCAGACAAGCCGGGGAGCCCCUACCGCUCUGUCACGCACCUGGAUUCACUAGCAAACAUAAACAUCCCUGGAGCAGACACACUGGACAAGCUCUUUGACCAUGCUUUAGCAAAGUUUGGGAAGAAGGACUGUCUUGGAACCAGGGAAAUUCUGAGUGAAGAAAAUGAAAUGCAGCCAAAUGGAAAAGUAUUCAAAAAGUUAAUUUUAGGAACUUACAGAUGGUUAUCCUAUGAAGAGGUAAACGAGAAAAUUACUUCCUUGGGGAAUGGACUGACUGCCCUGGGACUAACCCCAAAAAGCACCGUUGUCAUAUUUUGUGAGACCCGCGCUGAGUGGAUGAUUGUAGCUCUCACCUGCUUCAAGUACAACUUCCCUCUUGUCACUCUCUAUGCCACCCUGGGUGAAGAGGCAGUGACCUAUGGUCUCAAUGAGUGUGGAGCAUCAUAUCUGGUCACAAGUGUGGAACUCCUUGAGAGCAAACUUAAGACAGCACUGCCACAAAUCUCCUGUCUGAAACAUAUCAUUUAUGUGGACAAGAAGACAGUCAAUAAAUCAGAAUACCCUGAAAACAUGGAGAUUCAUAGUAUGCAGGCAGUAAAAGAGCUGGGAGCCAAACCAGAAAACUCAAACAUUCUGCCCAGCAGACCUGUUCCUACAGACUUGGCUUUAGUAAUGUACACCAGUGGCUCUACUGGGAGACCUAAAGGAGUGAUGAUGAUGCAUAAAAACUUAAUAGCUGGAAUGACAGGACAGUGUGAGAGAAUACCUGGACUGGGACCCAAGGACACUUACAUUGGUUAUUUGCCUCUGGCCCACGUGUUAGAACUGACAGCAGAAGUUUCCUGCAUCACUUACGGCUGCAGGAUUGGUUACUCCUCUCCUCUCACUCUCUCAGAUCAGUCAAGUAAAAUUAAGAAGGGAAGCAAAGGAGACUGUACUGUACUUAAGCCUACACUGAUGGCAGCUGUGCCCGAAAUAAUGGACAGAAUUUAUAAAAAUGUCAUGAGUAAAGUACAAGAGAUGAACUAUAUUCAGAGAACUCUGUUCAAGAUAGGCUAUGACUACAAAUUGGAACAGAUCAAGAGAGGAUAUGAUGCACCUCUCUGUAACGUACUACUGUUUAAAAAAGUAAAGGCCUUACUAGGAGGGAAUGUCCGUAUGAUGCUUUCUGGAGGAGCACCACUUUCACCUCAAACACAAAGAUUCAUGAACAUCUGUUUCUGCUGUCCUGUUGGUCAAGGCUAUGGACUGACAGAAACGUGUGGAGCCGGAACCAUUACAGAAGUUGCUGAUUACAGCACUGGCAGAGUUGGAGCUCCUCUUAUUUGUUGUGAAAUAAAACUGAGAGACUGGCAAGAAGGGGGCUAUACCAAUAAAGACAAGCCUAAUCCUAGAGGAGAAAUUAUAAUUGGUGGACCCAACGUUUCCAUGGGAUAUUUUAAAAAUGAAGAGAAGACAACAGAAGAGUUUUCUGUUGAUGAGAAUGGCCAGAGAUGGUUCUGUACAGGAGAUAUUGGGGAAUUUCAUCCAGAUGGGUGUCUGCAGAUCAUAGAUCGUAAAAAAGACUUGGUAAAGCUACAAGCAGGAGAAUAUGUAUCUCUGGGAAAAGUAGAGGCAGCACUGAAGAACUGCCCAUUGAUUGACAAUAUAUGUGCUUAUGCCAAAAGUGACCAGUCCUAUGUGAUCAGUUUUGUGGUCCCUAAUCAGAAGAAGCUGACAGCACUGGCUGAGCAGAAAGGCAUCAGUGGAAGCUGGGUGGACAUUUGUAACAAUCCUACAAUGGAAGCAGAAAUACUGCGAGAGAUUAAAGAAGUGGCAAACAAGAUGAAAUUAGAAAGAUUUGAAAUACCCAUCAAGGUCCGGUUAAGCCCUGAACCAUGGACCCCUGAGACUGGGUUGGUAACAGAUGCUUUCAAGCUGAAAAGGAAAGAACUGAAAAACCAUUACCUCAAUGAUAUUGAAAGAAUGUAUGGAGGCAAAUAAACAGCUCUGCUGACCAGGCAGCUGUUGCAGCUGGUUCCUUCUCAUGCCUCAGUUUUGGAUGUCUGUGUAUACUGUAGAUAGCACACAUUCAAAAAGUACACCAGAUGGAUGACUGUUUCUAUAAUCUCUGUCAAGUGAAACAGAGAAUAUCUUAGACUCCAAAUUCUUAAUUAUUAGCAGAUUAGACACUGAUGGUCUUCAUAGAGUUUCAUGGGAUCAUCUCCAGUUUUGAGACAGACAUCAUUAUGUGAAGCAGUGUGACCAGGUAAUUUUAUUGUUUCUCUAGCAUAUUCAGACUGCUUACAACUUCUCUUUGACUUGUGCUGAAGUCUGACCUGUAUUUUACAGAGAAGAAAAAUAAUGUAAUUGCGAUGAUUCUUCUAUCAUAAUAAAACACUUUUACUAAGAUACUUCCCUCUAGCAAUGAGGGAAAGGGAGGAUCUAAUGUCUACCUUUCUCCAUUUAAAAACAAAGCCAAGACAACAGCAGUAGCCAAGAACUUGCUAGAGAUCACUAAUAAUGUACUGCCUGAGAAUGAAUUCUUCUCCAUAUCAGUAUCUUGAAUAUUUACAGUGCCUACAAAAGAACAGAAAGUACACUUAUUGAAGUAAAGGUGAACUGAAAAGCUUUCUAAAAACAAGUUAUAAGAAAUUUCAUUCAAGAGGAUUGAAUUAUUUCAACUUCCAACUCACCAAAUAGGUUUUGUCAUUGCAUUUUAAUUCAAGAAGAGCUUUCCACUGGACACAGAGUAUAAAAGAGAACAAAGACUUGCACUGCUCUGGGUUGCUGGUGAGAAAUCAGUGCCUGAAUUUAGAACUUGAAUCUGGCAAACAGCCGUGAAACUGAUGGGCAGUGAUCUCUAAACAGACUUGAAACUCAAAGAGUUUUGGUGGGUUUUUUUGAGAGGUAGCUGAUGUUUUUAAGGCACUGAUUCUCUAGACCUUCACAUACACAUGAGUAUUGGUACAGGUUACUUGGACAUAACUUUGAGGAUCAGGUUUUAAAUAUCUUUAUAUAUUUAUUUAUAUAUAAAUUCCUUUAUGGAAGGUAUUUCUGUUCACCUUUUAACUAUGGUAAGCAUGACAAGGCAACCAGAAACCAACAAGAGUUUCCCUGUCUAAUCUUGUUUUACUUACAGAAAAGUAGUCUGUCGCCAGGGAAUCUUUGUUUCCUGGAAACUUGUAAAUAAGGACAAAUCACUCUUCACAGAAGUUCAUUAUAAAAAUGUUCUCUUAUUAACUGGAAGUCAUAGCUGUGAAGAAGGAGGGAGAUAUAAUUUAAUAAUAGUUCAUCAUUUUGUGUGCCGAAUCCUGUACUGUGUCUUCUUUUGAAUUGUAGCUGAGCUCCUGCAUCCCUGUCAGCUCUUCACACUUGAACCGUAAGUGCUGUAAAAAGUAGAGCCUCUUGAUACUGUUCUACUUUGCACUUUCUUAAUUGUUUUAUAUAUAUUGCUUACAUUUUGUACAGCUGUAGCCCUCAAUUGCUCUAUAUUGCAAAUUCAUUUGAAAGUAUUUAUAGAUUUCAAUUAAUAAUAUUUGUGUCGUGUAUAUGAUGAUUAAAAAACAUUAUUUGGUAUUAUCACUGUACAGAAAGUAAAAGAUUGUGUACAUUGCUUCGCUUUAACACAUGAGCUAGCAAUUCCAGGACAAGUUUUUCCUUUUCUGCAUGUAUAUGUAUUUGUAUUUUCCAAAAUAGACUAUGGUAAAAAUAAAUGAUGGCUCUACACUCUUCAAGUAAACCAUCCCUUCUCCUGAGGACCAACUUCACCAUGUAUAAUUUUCUCUGGCUAGUCCAGAACAAUGCCAGCUCACCUUCCAAGAACCCUGAGGGGAAAGAGAGAAAGAAAAUCUGUCAUAUAAAGGCAACAGUCAUGCAUGGAACUACAAGAGUCACUUAAAGAAACAAGGAAAUAGCUUUUCAAAUUUUUUUUUAAAGAUACACAGUUGUUUUUUGACAACAGAAAAUACUUCCUGUAUCAGUAGCAACUUUUAAAAUUACUUGGUCCUGGAGCCAUGUUACCAAUUUUUCCACAUUUUAAAACUGGUCUCUAUUAAAUAGCCUUUAGUCUCCCUAUUAGCAUCACAAAAGUGAAAUAGAUGUAAGAAAGAUACUUACACUCAAGUCUGUCAACAGGUUAUAAGACUAUUUUUUUUAAUCCAUGAAUGUAUUUAUAUGAAAUGUAUUUUAUCUUCUGUGUCUUGAUUGACUGAGGAUUACUAUUUUCAAAAUAUAUGUACACACAUAUGCAAUGUUAACAUUUCAAAAGUGGAAUGCCGCUUAAAUGGUUCAACAAGUUUGUGUUUUGGAAGAUCUUUAUAUUGCACAAGCUCUCUCAUUCCUGUUCUGUGCCUCACAUUCUGUUUGAAAUUGAGCCUACCUUACAAAGACUGCUCAAAAGCAGCAGCAAUGAGUCGAUACUUCAGUUAAUAAAAACCAAACCUCCAGUGGGCCUGGUUUUUCUUGUAAGGAAUGAACUACAGGUGGAUGUACUGAAAGGACAAUUUGCUACAUCACCAGCUUUUCAAGCAUCUUUGGAGAAGCUGAAAGAUUACACCAGAUUGCCUUCAAAUACAAGAGUUGUUUGCAAAUA